AUGGUAGCCGCCGUCUCUGCUCCAUCCCGUCCCAAACUCCGCCUCUCCAUCCCUCAAACUCAUCAAACUCCUUUCCACCUUCCUCUCCUUCCACCUCUCACCACCACCGCUCCCACCGUCUCCUACUCCGACCUCCAAAAGAUUCAGGUUCUUGGACACGGAAAUAGCGGCACCGUCCACAAAGUCCAACACAGCUCCACUUCUCAGCUCUACGCGCUCAAGAUCAUCUAUGCCGCCAACAAUCCCACGGUUCGCCAACAACUUUCGCGGGAGAUUGAAAUUCUCCGAUUCACCGAUUCGCCGCACGUUGUUCGCUGCCACGCAAUCUACGAGAAGCCUUCCGGUGAAGUCGAAAUACUUAUGGAGUACAUGGACGCUGGCUCUCUCCACACCCUUCUGCAAGAACGGGGUUCUUUCUCCGAAAAGCAUCUGGUUCCCGUCGCUCGACAGGUUCUUGAGGGUUUGAAGUACUUGCAUGGCCAGAAGAUUGUGCACAGAGACAUCAAGCCCGCCAACCUGCUCGUGAAUUCAAAGAUGGAUGUCAAGAUUGCAGAUUUCGGCGUCAGCAAGAUCAUCCGCCCCACCCUCGUCUCCCAGAACUCUUUCGUCGGCACUUGCGCUUACAUGAGUCCCCAGCGCUUCGAUCCUCAGACUUACGGUCAAGAUGAAAAUCUUUAUGCGGGAGAUAUCUGGAGUUUUGGGGUGACUUUGCUGGAGCUCUACAUGGGUCGUUUUCCGUUCUUGGAACCGGGUCAGACACCGGACUGGGUGACGUUGAUGUGUGCGAUUUGUCUCGGUGAGAGGCCCAGCGUUCCAGAGGAUUGUUCCGCCGAGUUUCGAAGCUUCAUAGACUGUUGUUUGCAAAAAGAUUCAGAGAAAAGAUGGACGGCAUCGCAGCUGCUGGUUCACCCGUUUUUGUCUCAGGUACCUGACUAUUGA